CAGCACGGCGCUCGCUUUUCUCCAGCCGUCCAAUCAGAGUGCGGGAUGCUGGGCAAGCUUUUUGCUCGUGGGGUUAGCAGCGUAGACGCGUGAGCGAGGAGACUAUCCUAGUUAGAGAGGAAGGUGCUGACAUUUGGUCAUCAUGGAUGCCAAUAAAGGUAAAGGGGAUCAAGCAAUGCCAAAUCCAGGUGGACAGAUGGGCAAACCUGUCGGAGUCCCCUUUAUGGAAAGCGUGCUUCCCAAAGCAGUGAAGAGGCGAGUGCAUGCCUUAAAAAGACUACAGGAACAGUGUGCUCACAUUGAGGCCAAGUUCUACGAAGAGGUCCACGAGCUAGAGAGAAAGUAUGCAGCUCUAUAUCAGCCACUAUUUGACAAGAGAAGAGAGGUUGUCACGGGAGCAGUUGAACCCACAGAUGAGGAGUGUGAAUGGCACACCGACGAGGAUGAAGAAGAGGAGCUUGCUGAGGAAGUAAAGGAAAAGGCUACCAUCGAAGAUGCAAAGAAGGAGGAAGUCACACCUGAGGAAGACCCAAAGGGCAUCCCUGACUUCUGGCUCACCAUUUUCAAGAGUGUGGACAUGCUCAGUGACAUGGUGCAGGAACAUGAUGAACCCAUCCUAAAGCACCUAAGAGAUAUUCAAGUAAAGUUUUCUGACCCAGGACAGCCAAUGAGUUUCACAUUAGAGUUCCACUUUGAGCCCAAUGGCUAUUUCAACAAUGCAGUCCUUACCAAAGUCUACAAAAUGAAAUCAGAGCCUGAAGCAUCAGAUCCUUUCUCAUUUGAGGGCCCAGAGAUCAUUGACUGUGAAGGAUGUCAGAUAGAUUGGCACAAGGGGAAGGAUGUGACGGUGAAAAUUAUAAAGAAGAAGCAGAAGCAUAAAGGUCGUGGCACUGUGCGCACUGUUACCAAACAGGUUCCCAAUGACUCCUUCUUCAACUUUUUUAACCCUGUCAAAGCUUCACCAGAUGGAGAAAUGGAUGAAGACUCUGAGUUCAACCUAGCCACAGACUUUGAAAUCGGUCAUUUCUUCCGUGAGAGAAUAGUUCCCAGAGCAGUGCUGUAUUUUACCGGCGAGGCUCUAGAAGACGACGAGAGCUUCGAAGAAGAAGAACUGGAAGAGAGUGAUGAAGAGGAACAAGAUGAGGAGGGUGAUGAUGAUGACGAAGAGGGUGAUACUGACCCCAAGGCAUAAUCAAUCAUUCUCACUCCAUGCAUUUCUAGAAAGAACAGCCUCAACCUGCCGAAUGCAAGCAGCAGUAACCGUGAUGAUCUGGGGAGGUCGAGACCUGCUGUCCAUCAAAUCAAUUCUCAGCCUGUCCAUUAGACCUCCUAGUCUUGCAGGCUUAGCCCUUUUACAAACUCAUUGAAAUGCAAUAGAACCCAAACCUGUGUUUUUACUAUGAGCAUGACUUCUUUUUCUACAGUCUUGCACUGUCUCGCUAUUUUUAUUUCGGUUUCAUUUGACCUCACAGCAGGAAUCAACUCUUAAUUCAGUGACCAUGGUAUCACAUAGGUACAGCCAUUUUCUUUUAUUGAGUUAGGUGUCUGCUGAAAAACUCAGAACAUUAUAAGGAGUAAGAUGGGAAAGGAAUCGCUUGCAACUUUACUUUUCAUGGAAAUAGGUCAACUACUCAGGGGUUUUUAAUGCCAACAAAUAAAUUGAGUUUACCAGGAAACUGCUGAUCAAGAUUGACAUAACCUAUCACUGGGGUUGUUUUAGGUUUUCUUUUUUUUUUGUCAUGGUAUUAUUUCUUAAGACAUACAAUGCACCAUUUUGAAUUUCCUUUACUGUUUUAAAUGUUCAUUGUGUCAUUGGACUAUUUAUUGUGGUGUCAUGCAACUGGAUGGGAUGUUCUUUGGUGAGGGAAUGCUUUAAGGCAUUAAAAGGCUAGUCACUUGCUUAAAUCUUUUAAGCAGACAAGAAGUUGCUUUUCCUUUUUUAACAUGCAUUUAAAUACAUGGUCUGCUCACUCCUGCCCAUGUUAGCUGGGUUCCACAAACAUUUAAACCAAGCAUGAUACUGAUCAGGACUUUGGAACAGACAUGUAGGUGUACCUCUAAAACUAUCAUUCAUUUCUCUUAUCUGUUUACCCCUUCGGUCCUGAAAGGCUCUUUAAACUUUCUGCCAAUGUGAAAAAGUUGGACAAGAACACAUCUCUUUAUAAUUGCUGAUUACAGACUGUUGGAUGUUCUAAGCUUAAACAUGAUUUGUAUGAAAUGGCUUCUUUUAUGCAUCUGAUUCCUAACAAACUUCAGAGUCUGUGAUGGGAUAGUGCAGGAAGCUUGGAUGAAAUGUACGUUCUGUUGCCAAGAAGCCAAAUGUAAAGACAAAUGUGGAUUUUUGAAAUAGUUUGCUAGUUGAAUAAUGUAAUGUAAAGCAACAUUUAAAGUUGUUAAACAUAUAAAUAUAUAUAAAAAACAUUUCAGUUAAUGUCUAAUGGUUCCGUGGAAAUAUUUAUGGAACAGGGUGCCAAUGUAUUUUCUCUUCUGCACAUGGAUUUUGGCCAUUUAUUUGGACAUGUUUGCCUGAUGACUGUUCGAUAGUAGCGACAGCAUUCCCCGUUUCCUCCACCUCCCUCUUUUUAAAAAGAACGAUUGUACAUCUCAUUGGAUGGUUCUCUCAAAUGCCACGGUUCAUUCUACCCCAUCUAACCGUGCGCUAGCGAUGGCCUUAACUGGUUCUUAAUCACAGUUUGUUACUUGCAAUCUUUCUUUUCAAUUUGUACAGAGUUAGUUAAAAUAUUCUAUUAAAGUUGUGCAACAUGG